AUGAUGUCUUUACGUUUCCGAUUUCUUACCUGUGGCUUCAAAGAAGAGAUAUCGGAGAUGGAAGCCAGUGAAAAACCUCCAUCGGUUCGCGUAGGGAAUCUUGAAAUCCUAAAAAACACGAACACAAAGAACCAUGUGCUAAUAAUAUCCGUUUUGAAUCGAUCGCAUUUCGAAGAUUAUGUUAUUUCAGUAGAAGUACUUAAAAAGCUUCGAUCCAUUAAUCCUACACUUACAUAUGUUUGUGAUCCAGUGAUGGGUGAUGAAGGAAGGCUGUAUGUUCCUCAAGAAUUGAUGUCUAUGUAUCGUGAAAAAGUUGUCCCUGUUACUUUAAUGUUGACUCCCAAUCUGUUUGAAGCUGAACAGUUGACUGGAUUCAAGUGCUUUUAA